AUGACUAAAGGGGAUUGUUCGAGGAAGAUGUUGAAACUUCUGCUAAGUCACUGGCAGGCUCAUCGCGAGCCUAUGCCAUUCGUGCUCACUGAUGAUCCCCUGUACUGUAGCCACUUGACGAAAUCUCCCUUCCCGGAAGUUUAUUCCGUCAACCGGGUCAACCCUAUUUUUGAAGAAGACGAAACUCAGUUAGAAGAUAAAAGUCCGCCUUCAUCGUAUCGUCUGAAACGCUCCAUCAGUGAAGAAGUAGAAAGAAGAGCUGCUUCAUCAGAUGAUACUGGAUAUUCCUCCAGCUGCCAAUUCAAGAGUCUGACCACAACGACAGUUGAUAGUCUGAGUGAUGAUGUGGGAUCUUUGGAAGAGUCACGACGCAUGAGCUCAGAUUCGGACGACUGUUCCCAUCCUGAAGCAGUGGUCGUAUCAGCUGAUGUACACAGGGUGUCAUAUCCAGAAGACGUCAUAGUCUUAUCUUCAAACUCGUCAACAGACGGUAGUCGUCGUGAUUUCAGUGCCAAUUCAUACUACGGUGGCAGCAGCGACUCGUCAUCGCAAGAACCGUUCGACAGCCUUACCAUGUCCAGCAUAACGGACACUAGCUCGAACCAAAAGCCUAGUUCUAGUAACAGCAAAAGACCAGCCAUCAAAGAUAAGCUCCAGAAACUUCUAGAAAGAGACAACAGCAGUCGACUUGACGAGACGUUUCUGGAUUCAUUGGAUGCCAAACCUCCAAGUCAUUCUUCAAAAGAUUUUGAAAUCGAAAAGACUAAAAGUGAUCUGAUGAAAUCUCUCACAAGGGCUCUUAGCAGCAAAGUGCCAAAAAGAGAAUCAAGUUCGCUAACGAAUGGUGAUGUUGUGAUGGUUACGCGGACAGACAGCGCUCUUGGAGGAAAAUCUUUAGAUCGCAAAAGUAUUUCCAGCUCGACAUCGCCAAAGACAUUGAUUUCAAAAGAAAUUAAUGGAGUCACCCGUCAAGAUGAAUCAAGUGGGUCCAGUCUCAGCAAUUUCUCGAAACCAAGAAAGCAUCAACAUCGUGGAAGUAAACCUUCAUUAGAAAAAGAAUCAAAAAGAGAUUCCACUGAAAGCAGCAAAGAAACCUCAGACACACAGGACUCCCACAUGACACAUAAAUGCAAACUUUGCGACAACGUAAACAGACCUUUGGCUUUCCAUCAACUUUUGCCAGGUCAUUGGAGUUACGACAAUGUAUAUCUUCCGCAAAUACCUGGGAUGUGUUGUUCCUGCAUGCACCAUCAUCACAAUCCAUUUCCACCAUCAUCUGAUGAUGACGUGUUUUAUCCUCUAUAUUACCACCACGAUCUCGCAAGAGCAAGACAUUCGUGGGCACCUUAUACCAAUUCUAAAAAUCUACUCGAUGCCCAUCCGAAGAGACAAAAGAAUAAUGAAGAUAAAAGAACGUCUUCGUCUUCAAAAGAAAAUAAUGGAUCUGGUACUCGUUACUCACCUGAUGGCAGUUCUAGGGAGACGGACACUUCUCAAACAAAUUCCAGUAAUCUCAAGAAGUCAUUGUCUGAAAGACGUUCCCUAAGAGAGCCUAAGAAAUGUAAAUGUGAACACUGCUUAGCAUCCGUCCUCGAUAAUAACUCUCCUCAGCACUUAGCUGGUCAUGACUGUACUUGUUACUGCAUGUCUCAUAGAAGAGUUAAAUUUGCAUCUGACACAGACUUAUCACAGCAUAGGCAUUUACAUUCAGGAUUUAGGCUCCCAAAAGAUGGAAAUGGUAACCCUGUUAGUCCGGCAACGUUUUUGGUGAACUUACCACACCUGAAUGGUCAUACAAUGAAUAAAAAUCAAAGUGUAAAAGAGAAUGGAUUAAAAUCUAAAAAGGCUCCUCCAUUAAUUCCCAGGGGUUUGAAAGAGCCUGUCAAGAUGGACGAGUUGUAUAGAUCCUAUCCCAUCAAUUUCCGUGAUUGGGAAGCCCAUUACAGGCGUACUUUUCUGCACAAGAGAAGAAGACGAGCCCUCAACAUGGUCGGCAUGGCCAUUGGAAUUGUCUUUGUUGUUGGUAUUGCCAUAGCUCUUACCUUUGUGUUCCUCCGGAUCAAGCGACCUGCGUGA